AUGGCGCCGCAUGACGCUCCAUUCCCGGGCCUUGAAGCGCGACAGCUACGCGAUGCGUUAAGCUAUUUUGCAACUAAAGACCCAAACUGGACGAUCAGAGAUCUGGAAAUAAGACUUUCUGCGCUUUUAGACUCGAGCCCGCCUGGUUAUGACAGACGUCUGCAAGCCCGAAAUGCAAGAGAAAGCAGAGAAGACGAUAACGACGGCGAUGACGAGUACGAAGUCGAUAGGGAGGACCCGUUCGCAACACUCUCGUCGACGCCGCGUUGCAGCAGUCCAGAGCUGCUCCCCGCAAGCAGUCAAACAUUCUCCGACGAACUUGAUCACGCUCUCAGCCCCGACCCAAUACAACUCGUCAAAGGCAGCGACGGCAUCCGCAACAAACCUCCAUGGCCACACGGCAACUCCAUAAUCGGCGGCAUACCCCUAGCCGACGUGCAAAGAAGCAUCCACGCGGCGAUGCCCUCGCAGACGCUGAUUCAGGAAGCGCGCAUCAAACAGCAAAAGCGUGACAAAACUACCUCUGCAAAGCAACCAAGUUCGCCAUCAAACAAAGGCAGCCCUAGACCAUGGCCGAUGAGCCCCUCAAUUCCGACCGACAAACCCGACUUCCCCUCGUCAGACCCGCGCCGCCCGCACCUGAAGCACGCGAUGACAGUCCCGCUCUCCUCCAGCUACUUCAGGUCCCUGAGCGCCCAUAGAGACCACACUGAUAGUCCGCAGCGCACGCACACACGCCUCCACAAGCAGCGUGCCCGUCGCUCCGCACCUUCUGAGUCCGCCCCCUUCGAAACCUACCCGGACAGCAACACGGAAAGAGGCCGCCCACGGCUACGAAAAGGCAGCUCUGCGCCCGAGGCUGCAUGGCAGUACGUCAACCACGUCGAGACCUCUUCCGUUGGAGCAGAAGCCGCUGCCGUUGCCGCCAGCGCCGCUAAAAAAAUGAGGGCUGUGGAGGGUAUUUCGAAAGCGAAGUGGACAAAGGCGGAAGCGCGACGCCGAAGACGGGCGGUCAUUAUCGACGGCAUACGAAGUCUGAUACACGAGCACGAGAUGGACGACGAGAUGCUAUCGAGGCUAGGCUGA